GCCUUGCUCUUCCUGGAUACUGAGGUUCGCGGCGGCCGCGCGGACUCGCGUCUGCACGGGGACGGUCCGGAGCGCGAGGGCUGGGGCCUGGGGCUCGCGGACCGGCCUCGCCGCGGGAGGUGCCGUCGACGAGGGGUCCUCACCCCCGCCGCCUGGAGCGGCCCCCGGCUCACUCCCCGGCCCUGCCCUCAUGGGGUCUCCCUCCUGUAGAACCAACUCACUUUGUUCCUCUUUCCUCGGCUCCUGAGAACUUAGGAGUGCCUGUGCUCCGCACUGAGCGGUCCGGCACCGUAGGCCCCCAGGGGACAGGCCCUGCCCUCUUGUCCUCAGGGAGAAGAGCCGGGUAGCAGGAGCAAGCAGUCGCCUUCCCUCUGCUUCCCAGCCCCAGCCGGCUCAUGGUGAGGCCUGUCCCCAGGAGUGUGCCAUGGAAGAGUUCCGGCACUCCUACAGCCGGCUGUGCAAGGAGAGUGGGGCCGAGCCCCAGGAAACUGUCCUGCAGCAACUGCAGGGGCUGCCACGGGGUCGGCUGGACCUGGCCACUCAGAGCCUGACCGUGGACACCUGCAGGGCCUUGGGCGAGCUGCUGCAGAAGGAGGCACUGCUGACCGAGCUCAUCCUGAGCGACUGCAUGCUGAGCGAGGAAGGGGCCACACUGCUGCUCCAGGGGCUGUGUGCCAACACUGUUGUGCGGUUUCUGGAUCUAAAGGGCAAUAACCUUCGAGCUGCAGGGGCCGAGGCUCUGGGACAACUCCUCCGACAGAACAAGUCCAUUCAGAGUCUCACUCUGGAGUGGAACAACAUGGGUGCGUGGGAAGACGCCUUCGCCACCUUCUGCAGGGCCCUGGCGGGCAACGGGGCCCUGCGGCAGCUGGAUCUCCGCAACAACCAGAUCAGCCACAAGGGCGCAGAGGAGCUGGCCCUGGCCUUGACGCGCAACGCCAGCCUCCAGCAGCUGGACCUGCGCUGGAAUGACAUCGGCCUCCUGGGGGGCCGGGCCCUGGUGAACUGUCUCCCCCGCAACAAGACCCUGUGGAGGUUGGAGCUGGCGGGGAAUAACGUCCCCGGCGACAUUCUCAGAGCUGUGGAGCAAGCCAUGGACCACAACCGGGACCGGCAGACCACCUUCCGAGAGAACCAGGCCCGCACCCAUGUGCUCAGCAAGGAGGUGCAGCACCUCCAGGAAGAGAAAUCCAAGCAGUUUCUAGACUUGAUGGAGACGAUUGAGAAGCAGCGGAAGGAGAUGGCCAGGAGCGGCAGGGCGUCGGCUAUACGCGUGGGGCAACUGCAGGAAGCCCUGAAUGAGAGACAUUCCAUCAUCAAUGCCCUCAAGGCCAAGCUGCAGAUGGCCGAGGCCGCCCUGGCCCUGUCAGAGCAAAAGGCCCAAGGCCUGGGGGAGCUCUUGGCUACCGCGGAGCAGGAGCAGCGAAGCUUGGCGCAGAGGCAGGCAAAAGAACACAGGCUAGAGCAGCAGGAAGCUGCGGAGAGGGAGUCCAAGCUCCUCAGAGACUUAUCUGCUGCCAACGAGAAGACCCUCCUCCUGCGAAACCAGGUGGACGAGUUGGAGCGGAAGGUGGGAUCUCAGCAAGAGCAGCUGUUCCUGGCCAGGCAGGAGCUGACCAACACGGCGGCCGAGCUGAAGACCAGGGCCAUCCAGGCUGAGGAGCAUCUGGAACUAGAGAAGAAGAGGUCCCGGCAGAACUUGGAGGACUUGGAGCGGCUGCGUGCCAAGGAGGUAGAGCAUCUGACUCGCCGCUCGGAAGAGAGUGAGAGGGCCAUGCAGGAGAGGGUACAGAGGCUGGAGGCCUCACGGCUGUCCCUAGAGGAGGAGCUGAGCCGAGUGAAGGCGGCGGCUCUCAGUGAGCGUGGCCAGGCUGAGGAGGAGCUCAUCAAGGCCAAGAACCAAGUCCGUCUGGAGGAGCAGCAGCGCCUGGCUCACCUGGAGGAGAAGCUGCGGCUGCUGGCUCAGGCGCGGGACGAGGCCCAGAGCGCCUGCCUGCAGCAGAGGCAGACGGUGGCCGAGGCGCAGGCGCAGGCCGGCCAGCUGGGCCUGCAGGUGGAGGGCCUGAGGCGGCGCCUACAGGAGCUGCAGCAGGAACUGAGCAACAAGGACCAAGAAAAGGUGGCAGAGGUGACCAGGGUGCUGGAGCUGCAGGAGCAGAACGGCCGCCUGCAGGCCGAACUGACGGCCCAGGAGGCUCUGAGAGAGAAGGUGGCGGCGCUGGAGCGCCAGCUGAAAGUGAUCACAGGUGACCACCGGGAGGCGCUGCUGGACAGGGAGAGUGAGAACGCCUCUCUCCGGGAGAAGCUUCGGCUCAAGGAGGCUGAGAUCGCCCGGAUCCGGGAGGAGGAGGCCCAGAGGGCCAGCUUCCUGCAAAAUGCCGUCCUGGCUUAUGUACAGGGGUCUCCCCUGAGGGCCAUGAGUCCCCAGAAGUGAAGGGAAGCAGGGGGACUCCUAGAGUGGCAGGAAGGCAGCAUCUCCCAGACAUCUGUGCCGCAUCCCUGCCCAUCCCUUCCUCUCAAGGGACAGCCCAUCGGGCUGGCAGCUUAAGGCAGGGUCUACAGCUGGGGACUUGGAAAAUCGGUGCCAAGCCGGACCAGCGAGCGGGGCCACUGCUGCCCAGCGCUGGGGUGCCCUGCUAGGCAGGCACGGGGCUAGUCAGCCAAGACGUCCCCAGCGGACACACCGUGGGCCCCAACCCCAGCCCUUCGGGUGGGUCCCAGGGAACAUGCCUGAGAUGUGUUUCAGAAGAAGCAGCCACAGGGGAAGAAAAUCCAGAAGACCUGCACCCCCUACCCCUCACAAUCACCUUUUCCGGUGUGCCCACAAACGCUCCUUUCCCAAUGUAACCAGGAGCCCUGGUUCUUUUGAAAUACAGAACUUUUACACUUUGUGAUA